GUUAUUAUUAUUAUUAUUAAAUGUUUAACCGCGCCACCGGUGGUGUAGGAGUAGCAGGAGGAGGUGUAGGAGGCGGAACGAGAGUUUCGAAAACCCACUAGAGGACUUGGCGGCGUUUUUCGUCGACGGCGCAGAUUUUCUACGCGGUCGAACGCUGAACCAUUUUUAUCACCGUCGUUUUUCUCUUAUCGCGCGCGUUAUGCUCUCCACAACAACCGCGGCGCACGUAACAGUACACUCUUGGCGCCUACAAUAUUAUUAUUAUAAUAUUAUCAUUGUUACGUUCGCAUAGUCGUUGCGUCGUCGCGGUGUGCGUGUACAGCGUACGGUUUAGUGUCGCCGCCGGUCCCGAGUCCCGUGACUUUGGCGGAAACGUCGACCGCCCCUGCACUCUGCAGCGCGUGUGAGCCCCCAUUUUCACGGGGAACAGCGAUAAGACGUCGUCGUCGUCGUCGCGCCUCCCGUUUGAGACACACGUGCAUGACGCGCGUCUCAUCGGCUCGGCUGACGGCCAGACACUGUAAGGCGCGCGCCACCCGGGACACACAAGGACGAGUAAAAUGUCACCUUCUCUCCGCACACCACCGCCGCUGCCAUCGUCGGACGAAGCUAUGAAAUCAUCAAUAUAAUCCGAGUGAUCGUGAUUCCGGAACUUUUAGUCGGCGAACAAGUCGACAGAAAAUCGUUAGGCCUCGGUCGCGGUGUUCGAAAAUUUUAAUAAAACGUAUUUUUCGAAUAACAUCCAUACCGAUCGUCGUCGCGAGAGCAUUACGUUUUUUCUGUUUCCGACGACAACCCCCUCCUCUGCCGUCAAACCAUUACUCAACCAACCACCCCACCAAGUGGUCCGGUCGGUUCAGCGUUUAUAUUUUUCGGGCGGCGCCGCCCACUGCCGCCGCCGCCGCUGGAGAAUCGCGUGCGGGCGCUACGAUUUCCCCCCGUGACGCGUCGCGCAACAAGAUGUACGCCGCCGCCGCCGUCGCUUUCGUCACAACGAACGUCGUCAUCGCCACUGCUGGCUGCGCCGCCACAGCAGUAGCAAACGUCGCAGUCGAGUGUCGUCGGAGGAGUGCAGCGCCACGCGUUCUCCUCGGUUCGCGAUGAUCCGUGCCGCAGCCGCUGCAUGCGUGCCAUGUGACGUGUGAUCCGGCCGCGCGGUAGUUCACACAGAAAAAAUAAUAACAUUAUUAUUGUUGUUGUUGUUGUUGUUGUUAUUGUUGUCGUCGUCGCAUUAGAAUAUUUUUUACGAUUUUACUUGCACGCAUUCGGUCGAAUCGGUUCGUUUUCGUCGUUGCGUCCCGUAAGAGAAAUAACACAGUACCUCCUAAUAAUAUCCUAAUAAUAUUAUAUUCCUACCCAUCAGUAGUUACUCGGGUGGGCACACUAUUAGUUGAUCGUAUUCCUGUUGUCCUAACGUCGUUGACGUGUACCUGACAGACAUAAACAUAAAGGUCUGCAAGACGCAACAACCGUGGUGCUCGACGCUCUUUAUUUAUUAUAUUACACUCGCAUUUUGACUGACCGAUGAAGUACAAACGACCUUUGCUCAAAAAAUAGUGUCCAUGAACGGGUGGUGGAUCGCGUUCGUGUGGCUGUGGUCGCUGUCCGUCGCGACCGCGGCUGUCGAGGAAAAGGUGUGCGGCAGCAUAGACGUGCGCAACAGUGGAGACCGCCUGUCCGCGUUGCACAACUGCACCAUCGUCCAGGGUUCCGUGCAGAUCGUGCUGCUCGAUGCCACCAAACCGUCCGACUUCGACAUCAGCUUUCCGCUGUUACGCGAGAUCACUCAGUACCUGGUCGUGUACCGCGUGGCCGGUCUGUACAACCUCGGAAAGCUAUUCCCGAACCUGAUGUUGAUCCGCGGGACACACAGUCCCCAUUUUCCGGGGCUGGCGCUCAUGAUCCACGACAACGUCGACCUCAGGGAGAUCGGACUGUACAGCUUGACCAACAUCACACGGGGUUCCGUGAUCAUUUCGAAAAACCCUAAAUUAUGUCAUGCGACAACAAUCGAUUGGGGCCAAAUCGCCAACGGAGUGAGUAACGACAUUAACGUGAUUAGCAACGACGAACCUAUAAAAUGCAAGGGAUGCUCUAAUAUUGGUUGCCCGGGAGACCUGUGCUGGUCACACGAUCCCGUCCGGUGUCAGUACGGAAGAUUGAACGGUUGCCAUCCAUUGUGCGCUGGGGGUUGUGACGAACCGCACUCUGCCAGGCAUUGUUUUGCGUGUACUGCGUACAUGCACAAGGGCGAAUGCAUCAGAGAAUGUCCACACGGCCUGUAUGGUCACAUCAGGUCGUGUUUGACCGCAGAAGAGUGUUACAGUUUGCCGGUGAGCAGAGAGGAAUCGACACCGGACGAUUUGAACACAUAUUACAUCCCGUUCGAACGUGUUUGUCGCGAUGAGUGUCCGUACGGAUUUGAGGUGACGGCCGACAAAAAAAAUUGUACCCUGUGCACGAAAACGAGAUACGGACACUGUCAGCGGAAUUGUAAUAGUUUCAAGAUCAGCGAUGACAUGUUGAGGAAAAACUACGAAUAUCGUUUACACACCAACUGUACAACGAUCAAGUCUCUGGAAAUCGAAGUCAAGUACGGCACAAGUGAAGAAGUAGAACGUCGACUGGAAGAAUAUAUUGGCAAAGUAGAAGUAAUUUUAGAUCAGUUAAAAAUCAUACGGUCGUAUUCGCUGAGCUCUUUGAAUUUUUUGCGAAGUCUGUACGAAAUACGUGGUGAAAAUACUGUUAAUAAAAUGGCUUUGGUGAUACGUGGCAAUAAAAAUUUACAAAAACUAUGGACCAACAGUGAAAACGAGACUCGCCCCGUGAAAAUAUUGAACGGCACAGUAUCUUUUCAUUACAAUCCAAAGCUAUGUAUGUCAGAAAUAUAUAAAUUUGGAAAUUUGUCUACACUGCCUGCAUUCUCAGAUAUAGAAGUGUCAGUUAUAUCUAACGGCGAUCAGUUCGCAUGCACUGUUUAUUAUUUACAAGUAGAAACCGUUAAAAUUGAACCACAAUCUAUUGUGUUACAAAUGCACAAACCUGUAGAAGCAGAUCAUUUGGAAAGGUUUCUUGUGUAUUUUAUCGAAGCAUCUAAAUGGAAUGAAACUAUCGAAACAACUGAUUGCGAAGAUUCUAGUUGGAAAAUUGAUGAUAUAAGUUCAAAAAAAGUUUUCAAUGACACUGAAAUUUACCAUGUCAUUACAAAUUUAGAACCAAACACGGAAUACAUUUAUUACGUAAAGACUUACACGAUUUCUUCUAAGACCAGUAUGAGUAGUGUAUUUCGUAGUAAGACACUUCCAUCAAAGCCAUCUGCUCCCCAAUUCUUUGCUGCUCAACCAUUGUCUAGUUCUGAAGUAGAACUCACAUGGAAAGCUCCUUCACACCCUCACGGAAAAUUAGUCAAAUACAUAAUCAAGGGAAUUCAUUUGACCGAUGACCAGGCCAUUUUGGAUGAACGUAGCUACUGUAGAAACAAAACGAUCAAUGGUAACGGCAUAACUCACAAAUCCAUCUCGUCAUCUAUUGCACUAUCUGAUGAUACAUGUGAAAAACAGUGUGAACCACAAAAGAAUACUGUUAACAAUAUAUGCAACACUUUUGAACAUGGCAUAGACUUAGAUUUAAUUUCAUUGAACAAUCACAGAUAUACAUUUGAAUCGUGCAGUAGUAAUAUUCUUAAUAUAUUUAUUAAUUCAAAAUGUUUGGCAAUGCAAAACAAUGACGACACCAUUUUUCCAAAUAUUGUAAAUGAAAACUGUACAGAAAUGUGGUCAGUCAGUAAUAUAUUGAACAAUGUCACGCAUAAAGAUGGCAGCUCGUCUUAUUUCCAGAUACAGUUAGAUGAAAAUGUUUCAUCGCUUAAUCUUACUAACCUUAAGCAUUACAGUCAAUAUUUGCUAUCCAUAUUAGUUUGUAGAGAGGUGGUUAAACAAGAAUUAAACCUAAGUUAUAUCAAUUCUUGUAGUCAAGAGACACUAAUAUCUUUCCGCACUUUGGAGAAUAAGCAGGCAGAUAUUAUUGAUAGCAAUAGUGUACAGGACAAAGUUGUGAAUAAUCACACUGUUAUUAUAUCUUGGGAGCCACCAAUUCUUAUAAAUAGUAUAUUACAUAGUUUCCAAUUGGAAUAUAAGCGAUUAGAUGCGCUUAAUUAUGUUUCUGUGUGUAUUACCAUGAAGGAGUACGAAAACAAUGGCCGAUCAUAUGUCUUCAAGAACUUGCACCCUGGUCUUUAUCAAUACAGAAUCCAAGCUGUUUCUUUGUACAGACCUGGACCAUUCACUACUGUGAAAGAGUUUAAUCUUCCAUAUCCAGACUCAUUUAAUAGUUGGAACCUUAUUUUCAUAAUUUUCAUUUGUGGUUGUUUAUUAAUUUUAUUAACAGUAUAUUAUAUUCGCACACACUUUAGUCGUAAGAUUUUGGAACGUAAUACCAUGUUUAAUUUAGCCAAUAAUCCUGGCUAUGUCGGUAUAUAUGUUGAAGAUGAAUUUGAAUUGCCUCGAGAGGACGUGAUUAUACAAAAAAUACUUGGUAGAGGGACAUUUGGCACAGUUCACGAAGGCCUGUUAAUGCCUGAUUCUAUACCAUGUGCUGUAAAAUCUGUAAGCAAGACAAACUUCUUGAGAUAUCAUGCAGAGUUCUUAAACGAAGCAGCUAUAAUGAAGAAGUUCAGCGAAGCAUAUCAUAUAGUGAGAUUGCUUGGUGUGGUGACUAAGACCCAUCCACCACUACUGGUGAUGGAACUCAUGGGUCGUGGCGAUUUGAAAAGUGUAUUGGUAAAAUGCAAGAAUUCUGAUGAUCCACCUCCACCCAACAGAUAUACUAUCAUUCGUAUGGCUGCUCAAAUAGCUGAUGGUAUGGCAUUCUUAGAAUAUAAUAAAUUUAUUCAUCGUGAUUUAGCAGCCCGAAAUUGUAUGGUGGCUAAUGAUAUGACAGUGAAAAUUGGCGAUUUUGGUAUGAGUCGACAAAUAUAUAAUGGUGAUUAUUAUCGUAAAGGAAAUAAGGGUGAAAUGCCUAUACGGUGGAUGGCUCCCGAGAGUCUUAGUGAAGGUAUAUUUACCAGUCAAUCAGAUGUCUGGAGUUACGGAGUUGUGAUUUGGGAAAUGAUGACGUUGGGAGCGCAACCCUAUUCAGAAAAGAGCAACAAUGAAGUCAUGGCACACGUGCUUGACGGAAACUUACUUAACUUGCCGAUAUUUUGUCCUGACGUGUUGGCUGGUAUCGUUAGACUAUGUUGGAAUUGGACUGCUUCUCAACGACCAAGGUUCCUAAAAAUAGUAGAAACGCUUGAUGUUUAUCUGGAGGAUGAUUUUAGAUCAGUUUCAUUUUAUCAUACACGCGGUAUGCAUAACGAAUCGCCUGCUGAUCAUUCGUUGAUGUCACCAUGUACAACAUACGAAGAAGAUGUAGAUAAUGAAAGCAUUUCUUUUGAAGGUGGUGACACUGUUGCUGUAUAUAGUGCGUUCGAUGUAGACAAAAAUAAAAUGAGUAAUGGUCAUUUAUCGCCAAUGUAAUUUUUAGGGUUAAAAAUAUUUAAGUGAAAAUCAACGUUACCAGUAAAGUCUAUUUAAAAAAAUAAGUGUUUUUUUUUUUUUUUUUUUGUUUUCUUUAUAAGUAUUGUAUAAGCGGUUUACACUUGUCAUCCAUAUAACUGUUUUUGUAGACUAUUAUUAUUUCGUUGUUAACUUUUUUUAUAUAAUUUAAUAUUUUGAAUUUUGAUGUUUAUGUUGUAGUUUUAUUAAGAAUUUGAUUUACAUAUUUUUUUUUCAUACCACCUCACAUGUAUAAACAUAUUGUUCUAGUUUCUAGUCAGCGCGUGGAAAUCUUAUUUCUCCACCGUCUGUUUUUCAUUUUAUUAUUAUCUUAUUUUAUUAUAAAUUUUUACAUGUCAUUACAAAAUUAAAAAACAUU